AUGAAUGUUGCUGCUGUCUCUCGCCCUGCAGGCGCCAGCACCUUAUCAGGCCCAGAGCUGGCCUCCUUCAUGACGGUCGGCACCAGGGUCCUUAGAGGUCAGGACUGGGCAUGGGGAUUCGAGGAUGGCAACCCACCUGGUCCAGGCACUGUGGUGAAGGAGGUGAACUCAUAUGGCCGGGUAAUGGUGAAAUGGGACGCCGGCCGUAUCAAAAAUUACAGCAUGGGCUACAAGGGGAAAUACGACCUUACACUGCUACAACCGCCCCCCACCACCGAUGUGUGUGCAGGAGACCAUGCUUUGUGUGGACCCAAUGCUGUCUGCAGCAACACCCAUGGGAGCUUUAGCUGUGCCUGUAACGAGGGAUACCAGAAGCCUCCUGGAGUAACAAUCGCAGAUGCUAGAAACCCUUGCCAAGAUAUAGAUGAGUGUGAAGGAGACAGUUCUACAUGUGGACCCAAUGCUCUCUGCAGCAACACCAAUGGGAGCUUUAGCUGUGCCUGUAACGAGGGAUACCAGAAGCCUCCUGGAGUAACAAUCACAGAUGCUACAAACCCUUGCCAAGAUAUAGAUGAGUGUGCAAGAGACAGUUCUACAUGUGGACCCAAUGCUCUCUGCAGCAACACCAAUGGGAGCUUUAGCUGUGCCUGUAACGAGGGAUACCAGAAGCCUCCUGGAGUGACAAUCACCAACGCUGCAAACCCUUGCCAAGAUAUAGAUGAGUGUGCAAGAGACAGCUAUACAUGUGGACCCAAUGCUCUCUGCAGCAACACCAAUGGAGGCUUUAGCUGUGCCUGUAACGAGGGAUACCAGAAGCCUCCUGGAGUGACAAUCACAGACGCUACAAACCCUUGUCAAGAUGUAGACCUGCUGUUUGUUAAUAUUAAUCUAUCUUGGCGGGAGGCCCUGCAGUACUGUAGUCAGAGAAGCUCCAGGCUGGUCCACAUCCUGAACGGUACCAUCCAGACCCGGGUCACCCAGCUGCUGAGCUCCCUGCCGGCCAAGAUCCGCCCCGUGCCCACGGCCUGGGCAUGA